GAAUUUCAUAGUAGGUUUAUGACGUUAUGAUUAAAAAUGUUUACUACAAAAGAAUGUUAGUAAGCAUGUUUAGGUAUUUAAAGUCUUCGGCAGGUGAUCCUAAUAUUAGGAAUAUUAUGAGGAUUGUAAAAAAAAAGGAGGAUUGGGGACCACUAGAUAGGGUAGGCCCGAAUGGUAAUAAUGAAGUUAAUGAGGAAGAAGAGGAAGGUGACAUAGGGAACAUAGCCCAAGAUAAGGCCAUUGGUGGUAAUAAAGGUAAAUUUGAAAAUUCAUAUGAAAGAGGUGAAUGCAGUAAUAGAGGUGGCUAUGAAGAAGAGUGUUCUGUUGAUAAUUGGAAAUCAACAGAUGAAGAAGUAGAUCCUGUUGAUGGUAGUGACAGAGAUGAUAGUGAAGCCAUUGCUAUAAAGGCUAUUGCAAGGUCUCUAAGAAGAUCAACAGAAGGAUUAGAAGUUCCUCCAGGUUUUUCAACACCAAGAACAGAGUCAGGUACAAAACUGUUGCAAAGAAACAUAUUCUUAGAUCUAUUCCUAUGUCUACUCCCACAAAGAAAGCAUCAGAUCCAACUUGAACAUCCACAAGCAAGGGGGUUCCAAUAGAUUCUAUUGAAAAGGCCAGAAGGAGAAAGGGAAAAGCCAAACUUACAGAGAAGAGAUAUAAAACAUUGCUACAAAGUAGGAAGUCAUACAAGGGGAAUGACUUGACCCCUAAAAAAAAGGAAGAAGGGAGAUCUAAUACAUCCAUCCCAAUCAGUUCCAGUUUAUAAUGAUGAUGAGGGCAUAUACAGUGAUAAAAAUUGGAGAGAUAGUGAAUAUGUUCCAAGUGAUGAUGCUGGCAAGUUGAGGGACUUAUCAACAGAUUUUGAAGAUGACAUUUUUCUGCUCCUGGGGUAGUAGAUAGAUCAACAAGAGCUAUAAAUGUCUACUUUAAUCCUGCUUGGGAGGUCCUUAUUUUUUAAGUUGGAAUGAGGUUUCAAAGUUCCAAACAAUUCUAGGAAGCAGUCAAACAUUAUUCUGAGGAAAGGAUGUCCUCUUAUACACAUCAGGGAUGAACCUAAAAGGCAAAGGUUUGUUUGCAAGGCUGGUUUGUGCAGUUGGGAGAUUUAUACUUCAUUUGAGAAGAGGGACAACAAUUUCAAGGGCAUUAUUAAUGCAAAAGUAAAGGUAUUACCAUUGAUAGUGCAUGGACAUUGUGUAAGGCAUCUCUACUGCAAUCUUACAAGGCGAAAUAGAGAUGAUAACAUCAAACUUUGCAUUUUGGUUGGUAUGUAGGGCAACCAAUGAGUUCGACUAUUUGGAUAAAAUGGAUGCUUUAAGGGCAUUGUCUGAGAAAGCUUAUGCUGAAUUGAAUGAACUGCUUGGUAAUUUAUGGUGCAAAGCUUUUUUUGAUGAGUCUUGUAAGUUUGAUGUGAUUGAUAAUAAUAUAUGUGAGACUUUUAA